AUGAGAGACAUGGUAGUGAAACAGAAGAUGGAGCUGAGUUUCACCAAGACUAAGCUGAGGGACAUGGAGGCCAGACUGAAGGACAGUGAGGACCAGGCAGAGGACCAACGAUUUGAGCUUCGAUUCACCAAGAAGGAAGUGAAGGAGCUGAAGACAGAGAACGCAGCUGAACUGUCAGCCAAUGGAGGCCAGAGUGACAGCCAGUGA